UCGUCCUCCUUUCACUGCUUCCCACGCACCCUUUUUUACUCUCUGUCUCAGCUCAGCUUUCCUCACUCUCAGCCCUGCAGCUUUCCCACUUUGCAGCUUCUCGGGAAUUUCUUUUCUUUGAGUUUGGGAUCUGUGCAGCUCCAUAAAUCAGGAUGAGCAGCGAGGAACCGCUCGGCAGGCUGCAGGCCAAGGUGGAGCGGGCGAAGGAUAUGAGUGACGAGGAGAAGCUGUACAGAUACAAAGGCGUGCUGUACCCGACCAUCAUGUGCCCCGAAGACAAUUUAAAAGCUGUGGAGAACAUGAAGGCCAGAGAGGACGACAUCAUGGUGGUGGCUUACCCCAAAUGUGGAUUUAACUGGAUCAUGGGAGUGUUGAGGAAGAUCACUGAAGAGGCCACAGGGGUGAAGUCAGAAAAGAAAUUAGCACCACUGAUUGAGUUUCUUGGACCAGAAGGCUUAAAGGAAGUGGAUGAGACUCCGUCUCCGAGGCUUAUGGGGGCUCACCUUCACCCCGACAACAUCCCUGCGUCCUUCUACGAAAAGAAAACUAAGAUGCUGGUGGUCUUCAGGAACCCUAAAGACACUCUGGUCUCUUUCUAUCAUUUCUGCAACAACAACCCAGUCCUCCCAGCUGCACAGUCCUGGGAUUCCUUCUUCUCCAGCUUCAUGAGCGGCGACGUUGCCUGGGGGUCAUACUUUGACCAUGCCUUGGCUUGGGAGAAGAGGAUGGACGACCCCAAUGUCAUGGCUGUUAUGUAUGAAGAGAUGAAACAGGACCUGCCUGAGAGCAUCCGUAAGGUCUCCAGCUUCUUCGGCUUCACCCUGACAGAGGCUCAGGUGCAGCAGAUCGCAGAUGCAAGCACCUUCAAGGCAAUGAAGGAGAACUCCCCCAGCUCCCAUGGCCAAAGAAUUGGAAAUGUCAUCUUCAGGAAAGGUGAGGUUGGAGACUGGAAGAACCAUUUCACACCGGAGCAGAGCCGAGAGAUGGACGAGGCCUUCAACAAACAUCUGGCAGGAACCAAGGUGGGAGCCAAACUCAACUACCAGGUGCACUGCCAGUAGGAGGAGGAAGACAAAGGAAGAGACGGGAGAGUUUCUGGGACUUUUUCCACCCAGGGCUGAGUCAGAUAGGAAUCUUCAUGUGGUUUUACCUUAAACAUCUUUGAAGCUAACUUGGUGGAGGAGAGGAGCAGACAAAGAACCUGCCUGCAAGGCUCAGCUCAGGGGCCAAAGUCCCACUGUUCAAGUAAAACAGGAAGGAAAAACAAAGACGGAGGCAUAGAAGGAGAGUAAACUGAUCUUAUGAUUCAAGCUUUUUAACUCCAAUCUGUGAAACUAGUCCGUUCAAUGAAACGCCUCAUUUGGUUUCACCUGAAAUCUGUUUUAUUAUUCUCACCCCUUCAGCUCCAUGUUUCAAUCACUGAACUCUACUGGAGUAGCCUUGGAUGAUUCGCAGCCCCUCAGUUCAUCCUCAAGCCGUUUUAGCCCCUCCCACUUCAAGCUCAUUUUGUUCUGAUUGGCUGCUGGGUUUGAACAUCAGCUGGGUGGCUUCUGUACCUGAUGUACCUCUCUCUGUGACAUCAUACAGAUCCAAGAGUAGAAAAAACCUGAUAAACUGCACCAAAGCUUUUGAGUAACAGGGAUUAACACUGAUCUCAUUAUGUAACAUCUAUAAUUGGAGCAGGAAAUGAGGAAAAAUAUCCUUAAACUAAAACUACUUUUCUGUCCUUUAGAAUGGGUAAAGUAGGUGAAGUUUGAGAUGUUCGGUGUAGUCUCGGGGGGGUUGAACACACCCAGCAGGUGAAGCCUCGUUCUACCAGCAGCUACCUGAAUCCACGUUGGUGCAGUUCAGGAAACGGUCAGCAUACCUGAUUCUGUGGCAAUGAAACAGUACUGUAAAACAUUCACUCUCUGAAUUACAUGUGUAUUAUUGCAUACAGCACUUCAUUGGAACACACAAUGAAUAAUAAAGCUCUUUUGUCGAGACUCCA